CAGGGAGCAAAUGCGAGCAAAUGGCCGAUGCUCUCGUCAGCGUCAAACGAAGGUGCUGCUAUGCUCAAAGGUCUUGGAAGUGCAGGGUGUCGUGACCAAUAUCCCCAACGAUAGAAGCUCUGCAAAGAAAAAAGCAGGUGCCCACUAUCGUCAGCGCCAAGGCAGAAACGCAAUCGGCUCUCAGCAGGGCUUGCAAAGUUUCGCAUCAAAAACAAGUUGUAGUCGUGCAGUACUCACAUACAUAGAUUCGAGGCACUUUCAGAUGGCUUGGUGGUGUUGGCUGGUGGGAACUACAACGCGGCAAGCGGGUCAACCCACACAUCAUGGCCUCCAGGAAAUUACAUGCAUCUCCAUGGGCGAGCAACGGGAAACCAUCAUCUCCACCGCUGAACCAAAAGAACCAGGUGGACGUGCUAGGAGAAGUUUGACCCAUCCAGGCGGGUCACUCCGCUUACGCGCCGUACCAGUAUAUCGCCUUGUGUUCAUGGUCAACGACGUCCGCAAGCUGGGGAGAUGUUGCUGCACCAGGUUCUGCGCAAGCUGAUACAAAAUUAGAGCCUAACACACGGCAAAAGGCUAGAGCUGGCCAUGCCAGCUGCUGCUGUCAUCGGCUAUCUCAUCCAGAACUCAGCUGAGACAUUUGGGGGUCACUGGUCUCGCUCCGGAACCGUACAUUGAUGAGGCCGUGCCUGCAUGAAUGCGGAUAGCCAUUCUGGAUGGCCACUCUGCCAACAAACACGCCCCAAAUUUUCUGGACCCUGGGUUGAGCCGUCGGCUGGGUAAAUAGCGCCUUUUCUUGCCCAGCUGAUGCCGAAGCUGAUCUGAUAUCACGUCAUCCACCAAGACGCACUAUUCUUGUCGUCUGCCGUCAGCCCUACCACUCCGAGUGGUGGCGGUGCCGCCAGCUUCGCGGGAUCUUACCAUCGGUCAUCCACCAGUCCAUGUGCAAGCUGAUGCUGCAUCUCCAGCUAGAAUGAGC